AGUGGAGGGCGCAUGCGAACACGGAUCUCGUCGGCGAGACGGAAGCGCCAGUCGCGGGAGUUUAGUAGAGUUUGGCUUGGGUUUACCCAGGAUACGCCAUUGCAACGUGGACGGGGGGUAGGUGGGCGAGACCAUGGGGAAACUGAACGUCACUUUGCUCCGGUACCUUUCCCGGGACCACUUUCGGGUACUGACUGCGGUGGAAAUGGGCAUGAAGAACCAUGAAAUAGUUCCUCCAAGCUUGAUUGCCUCCAUUGCCAGUUUAAAACAUGGAGGGUGUAACAAAAUUCUGCGAGAAUUAGCAAAGCACAAACUCUUGGCUUAUGAACGAACUAUAACUGUCCAAGGCUAUCGAUUAACUAAUGGAGGAUAUGAUUACCUUGCCUUGAAAACUCUUUCGUCUCGUCAGGUUAUCUGUUCUGUUGGAAACCAGAUGGGUGUUGGCAAAGAAUCAGAUAUUUAUAUUGUGGCAAAUGAAGAAGAGGAACAGUUUGCACUGAAGUUGCAUAGGCUUGGGAGGACAUCAUUUCGGAACUUAAAAAACAAGCGGGACUACCACAAGCACAGGCACAAGAUGUCGUGGCUCUACCUGUCGCGUCUUGCUGCAAUGAAGGAGUUUGCCUACAUGAAGGCUUUACAUGAUAGGAAAUUUCCUGUUCCCAAACCCUGUGACUACAAUAGACAUGCAGUAGUAAUGGAACUUGUCAGCGGCUAUCCUUUGUGUCAAGUGCAUCACCUUGAAGAUCCUGCCUCGCUGUACAGUGAGUUAAUGGAAUUAAUUGUAAAGCUUGCAAACUAUGGCUUGAUUCAUGGCGACUUCAAUGAGUUCAAUCUCAUGCUGGAUAAUGAGGAUCGUAUCACAAUGAUCGAUUUCCCGCAGAUGGUGUCAACCUCUCACCAAAAUGCUGAAUGGUACUUUGACAGAGAUGUGAAAUGUAUUCGUGAUUUCUUUAUGAAACGCUUCAAUUAUGAAAGUGAACUCUAUCCAACUUUCAAGGAUAUCAGGAAGGAAUGUUCUCUCGAUGUAGAAAUUGCAGCCAGUGGUUACACUAAAGAAAUGCAGGAAGAUGAUGAACUGCUUUACCCAGCUGGUCUUGAUGAUGAUGGCCAUAAAGCUGAGUUUUCUCUACCUGAGCAAGAUGCUGAAGGGAAAAAGAGGUUAUGCAGUGCAACAGACCAAGAGACAGAAAGAGACUUCACAGAUGAAGUGGGAGAUACCUCUGAAGAGUUGGAGCAAACCAGUGAAGAAGACAGUGACGAUGAAAGUGAGCAAAGUUUAGAUUUGAAGGAACUUCGCUCUGCCUUACAACCAGUUGAAGGGCAAAUUAUUGCUUCAGGAGACGGGGCUAAAGGUGUGAGCUCUGUAAUUGAUUUUUCAGAGGAUAAAAAGAAAGUUGAAAAAUCCACCAAAAUUGAAGAUCAGACAGGUCAGGGGGAAGAUCCUGCUGACAAAGAGAAUGAAGAUGAAUGCCCUGAUCUGGUCGACUUCUCAACAUUAAACAGAGAAUUCAGGCCUUUCAGAGAUAAUGAGAGUGUGUUUCACAUCAAUGACCACAGAACAAGAACUACAAGCAUCACUUCAGUUGGCAGUGCUGGCAGUCGGUCAACAAUUCCUCCAGAACUGGUAAAACAGAAGAUAAAACGUCAGUUGACAAAACAGCAAAAAGCUGUUCUCAGACGGCGACUGCAGAAAGGAGAAGCAAAUGUUUACACCAAACAGCACCGGGAACACAUGCAAAAUAUUAAGUCUAGUGUGGAUGCUGCGAGUUUCUGGGGCUGACUUUCUAUGGAAAUAUUUUUCCAUCUUGCUUUGCGUCGCACAAGUCAGUGAAAGAUGUGGUUCUUUGACUCAACUGUUGCAUUCUGUCCUUUAUAUUGUAUAGAGUAUGGUUCAAAGUUAUGUAAGAGAUAAAAAUUAAUCUGAAUAUAUUAAAAGGAGAGCAUAGAGGCUGAAAUCCAAAGGUCUACCUAAGGGGGCGGGAUAUGCCCAGAGGUACUUUUGACUUUGAAGAGAAGAUCCCAUGUUUGUUUUUGAAAGUCCCCUCUGUUUUGGAAGUAGUUUGCCACACUGCUGUUUGAGGAAUACAAACAUAAAACUCCUUUGAACUUGCAGAUAAUAUAAAUCACUGAAGUCAUCAAAGAAAAUAAAACUGACCCAUCAUAAUCAAGCAUUUUUUAUUUCAUCUAUUGCAAAUGUAACAAAUAAGAACCUUUUAAAUGAUUUAUAGUGCAAUCCUUCCUAUACAUGUUUACUCAUAAACAAGUCCUGCUGGCUUCAGCAUCACUUACUCCGUGUUCAUGGGAUUAUCCACAGGUUUAAGCAGCUUGGGGCUGGCACUUCAUGAGCAGUGUGCAGUUCACUUACUGCGAUUUUCAUGGUGUGAGUCCCAUUGCCUUCACUGCAACUAAACUGCCUCACAUUAAUGUUAACGAGUACUUUGAUUUAACGCCUCUGGCAACAUUUUCAUUUCUGGGCUUGUACAAAGUUUAGCAAACCUUUCCUGUAUAGCUGAGCUUUGAACCCAGAAGCUCUUACUUGCUUUUUCUCCAUACCCUCAAUGUUUUGUAUAUAAAUCCUGCCCAAACUGACAAGUAAUAAAAAUGAUGUUGCACAGGCCCGGCAGGCACUCCAUCUCUAAGCAGGUCUGUGCAACUGCUAAUAAAUUUUGUUCUUAUGCAUUCAACAACUUAAGAUAUGUCGUAUUACAGAUCUUGAAAACUCUGUAGCCAGAAGGAGUGGGAUCCAGUGUUGCCAUUAUAGAGCAUGUAAACAUUUUUUGUCUUUUUAUGAAAACAAGAAUGUAAGUGUAGUUGGUCAUGCUGGAUCUAACUGGGGAGUAGACAUUUGUGAAGUCUUAGCAAGCUGCUGUGCUUUAUUGAGUGUGAAUUUUCCUCCCUAUAUCUUGGUAGUGCUGAAAAAUUGGUUGCACAAGAUUCUGUGUGGGCAAAAACUCAAGAGGAGAUAACAAUAAGUUUGACCGAUCCUAAGCAGUUACUGCAGUCUUUUUCUUACAUUUCUGCUUGCAUCAGAGGUCUGAUACAAGUGG